ACAUUGAUGUGUUGAACUUAACAUGCACUUUCCUUACAGCUCUUAAUUAGCUUGCUAGUUAGAAGCCUUGUGCAUGCAAAUUAUUCAUAAUUUUUUCUUGAGAAGUUGAAGGAAUUAAGAUCAUAAAGGGCACAAAAGGGAAGAGAGCGAGAGACAAGAAAAAAAUUAAAAAAAGAUGAUCGGCUUAGAAGAUGUGUAUAAGGUGAUAGUAGCGGUGGUGCCACUCUACUUCGCCCUGUUUUUAGGCUACGGCUCCGUGCGGUGGUGGAGCAUCUUCACAAGAGAACAGUGCGAUGCGAUAAACAAGCUCGUCUGCUACUUCACCUUGCCACUCUUCACCUUCCAAUUCACCGCUCACAUCGACCCUUUCAAGAUGAACUACUUGUUCAUCGCCGCUGACACCAUCUCCAAGUUCAUCAUCAUCGCGGUUCUCGCCCUUUGGGCCAAGUGCAGCAGCAAAGUGAGCUUCUGCUGGUUCAUAACGAGCUUCUCUCUGUGCACUCUCACGAACGCGCUUGUCGUGGGAGUGCCGAUGGUGAAGUCCAUGUAUGGACCACUAGGCGUGGACCUGGUGGUCCAAUCUUCGGUCGUGCAGGCGAUCAUAUGGCUCACUUUGCUUCUCUUUGUGAUGGAGUUUCGAAGGGCGGGAAUUGAGGGCACUACCACCACCACCUUCAACGCUAAACCAAAAAUGACGGUUGUUAGCGGCGGUGGUAACUUGCCGGACCGUGAAGAUGGAGAAAGGAAAGAAGUAGCUGUUGAUGUGGAAGACAAUAGUACUGAUAUUAGGCCUCCUUUAUACAAGGUGAUGAAGCUUGUGGGGAUUAAGCUUGCAGUGAAUCCAAAUACAUAUGGUUGUGUCAUUGGUAUUUCAUGGGCUUUCAUAUCUAACAGGUGGAAUUUGGAGAUGCCAAGCAUGGUUGAAGGGUCUAUAUUGAUCAUGUCAAAAGCAGGGAUGGGAACUGCCAUGUUUAGUAUGGGUAUUUUCAUGGCACUUCAGGACAAGCUGAUUUCGUGUGGACCAACUCUGAGUGUGUUUGGUUUGGUUUUAAAGUUCAUUGCGGGGCCAGCAGCUAUGGCUAUUAGUGCUAUCGCUGUUGGAUUGCAUGGUGACGUUUUACGAGUUGCUAUCAUUCAGGCUGCAGUUCCCCAAUCCAUCACAUCCUUCAUUUAUGCUAAAGAAUACGGGCUACAUCCAGAGGUUCUUAGUACUGCGGUGAUCUUUGGAAUGAUUGUUUCGCUUCCUGUCUUAGUUGCCUACUAUGCAAUAUUGGAGUUUAUGCAUUGAUCCUCUCAGAGAUCCAUUUUUAAGACAAAAAACAUAAGAAAAGGGGGAUAAUUCAAGCUUUCUUCGUCAAAGUUGAACUAAAACUUUGGCAACCAAAACCAUCAUGUGUUAACUUGUAAUUUUUUUAUUUUUAAUAUUUGUUAGGCAGCUAGUCAAUUAUUAUUUAUUUUCCAUGAAAUGUAACACAAAUGUUGAAACCAUCCAUGUUUAGACGCGGGGACUAUUACUAUCAAAA